UCGGGCACGCCCCCGGGAAUGACCCCCUCCCACCACCCUCUGACUUCAGACAGCCCUCCUCUGCUCUAUGCAGGGCCUCUCUGGACUGAUAAGGGCAUUUUCUCCGUCUUACUGGCACUUCGUCACACCUGUAACAGGCGAGGCUUCCCCACCCCAUCCCAGUCCUGGCUCUCCCUGCCCUCAUCCAGUUUAGAGCCUUCCUCCAGGCAGCACAGCUCAGUCUCGUCUUUCUGCAUGCAAACGAUUUGCCCUCCCCACUGUACCCGUCUCACACCCCUGCUGCCCUCCGGUCUGGAUUCUCUUAUCCCCCGGGACUGGUACCUCCGUGCCCGUCCAUGUUGCCUGGUGCCUUUGCUUCUGCCCCCAAAUGGUCUUUCCCUUGCCCUCUGUAUCCCUAGGUUUGGCACAGAGCACCUGUGACCCCUCUAACGUCCGCCUCCAGCGGACACCUCUCUCUCCCAAGCACCUUUCCGCCUUAGUGGCCCCUGUCUCCACAGCAGCCCCAGUGCCCAGCUCCAUUCCUCAUUCUCUUCUUGGGGUUGUAUGCUCAAGUCUUUCCUGCCACAUUUUCAACAAAGCAGGGGUUUGGAAACGUGAGUCUCUUGGUGUCAAGUGAAUCUGGCUAGCCCUCCGGUGGAAGCUCCCAAACUUGAAACAAGUGUCAGGUCCUAGAAGACUCCGAAAGGAAGCUGGUGCUGCAGCCCUUCUGGAGCCGCCACGUCUCCCAGCUCCUCCUCCCUCGCCCUCUGAGGAGGCUUGCUGAGAAAGGUCCCUCCGGUCCUGGGCCACAGACCCUCCACCCCAGCCCCACCCCAGCCUCUCAGCAGGACAGUCUGGCUGGAGCCUGUGGGAUGGCUGCAGGCUCCUCCCGGUGCUCCUCCCUGCUGGCCUCAAUGAGCCCUCUAUCCCAGCCCAGGCCCCUGCUGAAAGGCACAUUGAAGGAGCCAGCCCUCUCCCCUCUGGAUGCGGGAGGGUUUCCUGUUGGGGCAGCCCCAAGCAUCUUCAGGGCCAGGACUCAGGUGAAGCAUGGAUUUGUCCAGGCACUGUCCCAAAUUCUAGGUCUUCUGUCACUUUUUCAUGUCCAAAUGAAUCUGAUCACAAAAGAGAAUGACAUGUCACAAGGUGGUAGAGGAAACCGUCCACUCGAAGUGGGAUAGGACCCCUGGACCCUGGGACCCCUCUCACUGGAGGGGCACAUUGCAGUUUGACGCUUCUGUUCACCAGAGGUCUGUUUUCUUGUCCUGAGGCUAUAAUCAUAGUUUCCUAGCCCGUGGCAGCUUAGUAAAUGUGUUGUGUCAGCUCCCGGUACUCCACCUUACUGUGCACCUGGGCUGCAGGGCCCCCUGAGCUGCAGAGUACUGAGGAGACCCAGGGUGUGGGAGCAGCAGUUCUGCUUGCUGUGUGGGUGUUCUUACCCUGCCCCCUGGAUGUGGCUCUCGGGGUGUCUGUGCCUGCGCAGGCUCCCACAAGUACAUACGACCUGUCAUCAGAGUCUCGGUACCUUCUGGCAGCCAUAUAGGUAGAUGUAUAAAUGCUGUAGUGUUUUCUCUUUCACAAACAGAAGAUCUGAGACCUGGAACUAUUGUCCACAUGCCGAAAUGGGUCAGCACUAUGACAAGGAAGUCCUUUUUCUGUUGUUUGUGGAAUGAUACCAAGGGUGCCGAAGGGACACAGCACGGAUUCUUUUAAUUCAGUUCUCUCUCAGCUGUCGAAAUUUCCUGGAAAGCUCUUGUGGCGUGCCAAUAUCAAGGGAAUUAAAAACGUUUAUAUUGAUUUUUAAGAAUGUUCACAUUGAUUUUCCUUUUCUUUUAAUCAAGACGGUUAAUUAGGAAAGAGUGAUUCUGACGAUGGAGAAGUCUGUGCCGUCGUUCCGUUUUUUCUCUUGGCCCCUUCUCGUCUCUGUCUUGCGUGCAGUGGGGAGGUGGAGCCCACUGCUCCUGGUUCCCAGGCAGGACACUGCUUCCCCCGUUCCUCCGGGAUGGUUCUGUGGGAAGUGAGGAAGGCGCUGAAGUCUGGCUCAAGACAGUGCGUGAUGCUACCAUGUGGGGCUGGGGCAGAGAUGAGAUUGGGACCCCCCAGAAUGGCUCUGAGGGUCUUGCUGGGUUGAAUAAAAGUCCUGACGAUGCAGCCUUAGUGUCCCAGGAGCCAGGCCCUGAGGAAAGCGUGAAAUGAGAGGGUGGCUCUGGGCAGGUGGCUCACGGAGGCGCCACUACGGUACGGAAGCCAGUCCUGAUCAAGUUCCAUCAGGGGAUGAGCCCAGCCCUUUAUUUUCACACAUUCUAGCAAAGGACAGCUUUCCAGAUGUGUGAUGCCAUUUGGCAUGUCCCUUUCAACUGGGAAGGUCACUUUUUGGCUAAAAUCCCUCCAAGUAUAACAUCAAUGAUAAAAAUUAAGCAGACACAGCCUCCUUACAAUGCAGUAAAUGCGAACCGUACAGGGUCUGAAGCUGUGCACCUACCCCAUAGACAGUGACUGGUCCUGGCCCUUGGAAAACCUGGGGGCUCCUUCCCCAUCUUUCUCCUGCGAUUAGUGGAGCAAUAGCUUCCUGAGAUGUCCACGUCCCGCCUUCUGAGCCUGUGAAGAUAUUACAUUACCUGGCAAAGGGGAAUUAAGGUUGCUAAUCAGCCGACCAUAAAAUAGCGAGAUGAUCCUGGAUUCUCCCAGGGAGCCCAGUGUCGUCACAGAAGAGCCAGAGGGAAGUGAAGGCCAAGAGGCCUGGAGACUUGCGGUGGGCGGGGCUUGGAGGGGGAGGAGGGGCCACCAGGCAAGGAAUGUGGGUGCCUCCAGAAGCUGGUAGGGGCAUGGGAAUGGCUUCUCCUGAGAGCCUGAGAAAGGAGUGCAGCCCAUGACCCAUGCCAGGCUUCUGUCUACAGGACGGCGCCUGCUGCCUGCCGUGUGCCAGAUACAGGACGCUGGGGACAGGUGCAGAAGUCAGUAAGAUCCUGAGCUUGGCUUUAAGGAGGAUGCUAUCUGUGGAGGCAGGAUGGCCUCAGUAACCCUAAAGGACAGGCGCCCUGUGACCUUCUUCCUCCUUCCUGGUUUCCUUGUGCUGCCCACCCCCAUGCGGAUUUGAAACGGAACUUUCAAGUACAAAUAAUUAGCCUCGCAGGUGCAAAAGCAGGAAUGAGGUAACAUUUUCAAGGCGUCUGGCAUUAAUAAGUGUUUCUUUCAGAUGCACCACUCGUGUUCCCUGGCGCUGUUAGCACAGGUGUUUGAAGGCCCUGGCUGCUGCCUUGGCCGUGCUGAAGAGUGUGAGGUCAGCGGGGUUUGCUCUGUGAACACAGUGGGCACUGUGAGGCCUGCCUGCCUGCUCUCUGGGUGUGGGAAGGGAAAGGCAGGUAGCUCUUCUCCAGGGAUAAAGGGUUGGCGCGCUCGCCACCUGCCUGCGUGUCCCUGCCAAGGAGGCGGGGGCUAGGGUGUAGUGUCUUCUCAACGCGAUGCUGUUGCUUCCUGCCCUGCCUAGUCCCUGAAAGGGAGGAGCCAGGUGGCCCUCACUAAGGCUGCUGGUUCCGCCACCUGUCCUAUUUCACCCCUGCAGGAAGCGGGAGAAACAGACUCUCUCGGCUGUCUGCUGUCCGGGGAGGCACCACUCCCUUCAACAUAGCCUUUCGGAGAGGGCAGCGGCAGGCCUGGGGAUGGCCUUGGGAGGUCCCGCCUGACUGCCCCGCUGAUGCCCCUGCAGCCGUCCGAGCACCCAGAAUGGAAUGAGUCUAUGCACUCCCUCCGGAUCAGUGUGGGGGGCCUUCCUGUGCUGGCGUCCAUGACCAAGGCUGCGGACCCCCGCUUCCGCCUCCGCUGGAAGGUGAUCUUGCUAUUCGUGGGGGCUGCCAUCCUCUGGCUGCUCUGCUCCCACCGCCCGGCCCCCGGCAGGCCCCCCACCCAUAACGCACAUAACUGGAGGCUCAGCCGGGCGCCCGCCAACUGGUACAAUGACACCUACCCCCUUUCCCCCCCACAAAGGACGCCGGCUGGGGUUCGGUACCGGAUCGCAGUUAUCGCUGACCUGGACACAGAGUCCAGGGCCCCAGAGGAGAAUACCUGGUUCAGUUACCUGAAAAAGGGCCACCUGACCCUGUCAGACAGCGGGGACAGGGUGGCUGUGGAGUGGGACAAAGACCACGGGGUCCUGGAGUCCCACCUGGCGGAGAAGGGGAGAGGCAUGGAGCUCUCUGACCUGAUCGUGUUCAAUGGGAAGCUCUACUCCGUGGACGACCGGACAGGGGUCGUCUACCAGAUCGAAGGCAGCAAAGCCGUGCCCUGGGUGAUUCUGUCCGACGGCGAUGGCUCCGUGGAGAAAGGCUUCAAGGCCGAGUGGCUGGCGGUGAAGGACGAGCGUCUGUACGUGGGCGGCCUGGGCAAGGAGUGGACGACCACCACGGGCGACGUGGUGAACGAGAACCCGGAGUGGGUGAAGGUGGUGGGUCACAAGGGCAGUGUGGACCACGAGAACUGGGUGUCCAACUACAAUGCUCUGCGGGCCGCUGCCGGCAUCCGGCCGCCAGGCUACCUCAUCCACGAGUCUGCCUGCUGGAGCGACACACUGCAGCGCUGGUUCUUCCUGCCACGCCGCGCCAGCCAAGAGCGCUACAGCGAGAAGGACGACGAGCGCAAGGGCGCCAACCUGCUGCUGAGCGCCUCCCCCGACUUCGGCGACAUUGCCGUGAGCCACGUCGGGGAGGUGGUCCCCACGCACGGCUUCUCGUCCUUCAAGUUCAUCCCCAACACCGACGACCAGAUCAUCGUGGCCCUCAAGUCCGAGGAGGACAGCGGCAGAGUGGCCACCUACAUCAUGGCCUUCACGCUGGACGGGCGCUUCCUCCUGCCGGAGACCAGGAUCGGAAGCGUGAAGUACGAAGGCAUCGAGUUCAUUUAGCUCAAAGCAGGGAGACGCUGGGCAAGGCCGUCAGGACUCGGCUUUUAUAAAAACCAGAGGAGGGCACUUCUGUUUUGAUUUGUGCUUUUUGGAACUGUGCCUGGGCUGGAGGCCUGGACAGGGAGCCCGAUCCCGGGCUGGGCAGGGGCGCUUCUGAACGCCCCAUGCUGCCCUCUGCUGGUGAGAUUGGUCACUUUGGGCAUUGCGUCAAAGCCUGCGGGCGUGGCCAGGCCCUCUCUUCCAUCUGACCUCCAUUGUUUUCUACGUUCUUUUGUUCAGUAAAUACCCCUGGAGCUCCUACCCUAUGUCAAGCACUGUGCCUCACCCCGAGCACACAGUGAGCACGAGGUGGACCUGCCUGCUGGGGACCCCCAGGUCACACCCUUUUCUUCCUCGUCUGAGCCUGGGGCAUCAUGUCCAGCCCUGCAGAUCCUUGGAAAAGAAAAUGUUUACAUUGCAGGGCAUUGCAUGGCCAUGAGCGAGAGCGAGGGCAGGCCCCUGAGGACACAUCUCCCACAGCUGCACAGGCAGGCCUCAGAUAAAUCCAUCUCCACUUCAUCUGGCCAGGGACUGCUUUCUCCCUUCAGGAGAAUUCUGGGGCCAUGUAGCACUUCGAAGUUUUAAUGAUUAACCUGUUUUCACUGAAGCAGUUUCCUUUCUUAUGAAGCGAAUCACCACCUCAUCACGCAGAGCCAAGUCCAGCCUGCUCCAGCCGCAGAGGAGAUUGGCAGGAUGCAGUGACAGUUGGUGAACCAAGCGUCAGGUUUCGGAGUUCUUGGCCAGCAGAUACAAAGAUAAAAUGUUGCCUUUUCCCAGCAACUGUCAGAAAUUGUCACGCCUUUCAGGACUUUUAUGAGCGACUUGAAUUUUUUAUUCCCUGCCUUGGGGUUUCUGGUGGCUUCAGGUGACCCGUGGCCCCAGGGCUCCUUUGUCCUGGGGAGGGUCUGUGAAUGAGGCCUGUCGCUUCCCUGGGGUUUCUUUCCAUGGCCUUUGUUUCUCUGCAGCCUCUUCUCUGUGGAAACCUCACAUGAGCGCUGGCCAGGCUGCUGUCUUCCAGGCACUCCAGGGCGAAGGCAGAGUGGGAGUUGAGACCGAGGUCAGGCGCGACCCAGGCUGAGAAGGGCGUUUCCAUCAUCUCAGUGCUCUCGUACAGCACUACCUCACCCCAACCCCCACCCCCACCCUAACCCCACCCCUGGCCAUCAGAGGGGCCGUGCUGGGUGGGAGGGUGAGGCUCUGGCUGCCCCUGUGCCCGUCCCUCACAAAUCUCUCUUGAAACUCAAGCACAGCUGUGAGGAGGGCAGCCAGGAGGGACCCCUCUGGAGCUGGUUGUCUGUUUCCCUCGCUGUGUCAUAAGUAGCGGAGGAAGUGAACGCCGAAUGUGACACGUUUCCGAAGAGCUCAGCUCCCACCGGGCGUAGCCUGGAAGCCCCAAGUCUGUCCUGACUUUCGUGGCUGUGUCUCUGACCCACCUCCUUGAUCACUGUCCUUGAUGUCCAGGCUGGGUCAUGUAAAACGGAGAUGCAGUCGGGAAGGCUGGGGGACCUGAGACCUUGCCGAGGUAUUCCCGUCAGCGCCUGAGCCACAGCCCAGGUGCCCGGGAGCAGCCUCGUCACAGGCAGUGAUCUGCCAUUACUCUAAAGCUCACCUUUUUCUUCCCCUCUCUGUUUGCUGCUGUCAGCAUAAUGAUUGUGUUCCUUCCCUACGGGAUCCGUCAGUUUUGUAAACAAUAAAGCGUCUGAGGGAGUGUA